GUCUGAAGUUGUGGACAAGAGGAUACUGAAGACAUCCAGACACUUGGAGAAGGUGGAAAGUGAAGACUCACUUCCUGAGGAUCUCAUUCUUUUACGCGGGGAAAUACAAUUCAGCCCUCGGACAGCGCGCGGAGGGAAACGAGAGAGGAAAAACGAGUUUUGUGGCAUUUAAUUGGGAAACCAAGCAUACCCAACAGUAUGCAGUGCAGUUAUGGCAGGCAAGGGUAAGACAGUCGUAAGGACGCUGGAGGAUUUAACGCUUGAUUCUGGUUAUGGUGGAGCCGCGGACUCGGUCAGGUCGUCCAGCGUGUCGCUGUGCUGCUCUGACACGCAUCAGUCCGUGUCGCAUGGGGCCAACUGCUGGCAUCUGACCGAAUCCAUGCACAGCAGACAAAACAGUGUGGACACAGUGAACACCGUCCUGGCGGAGGAGACGGAGAUACUGGAGUGCUCGGGUCAGUGCGCCAAGCUCCCCGAGCUGGAGGACGUGCCAUGGAGCCUCGGAGAGGUGGAGGGCGCACUGAAGAAGGACGAGGAGCUCAUGGUGGGGGACCCUCCGCCCGAGGUGCUGGCGCGGCUCUCUGCUCUCAUCAGCCGCGCGCUGGUGAGGGUGGCUCGGGAGGCGCAGAGGCUCUCUUUGAGAUACGCCAAGUGCACUAAGCACGAGAUCCAGAGCGCCAUCAAGGUGGUGCUCUCAUGGACCAUCUCUGUGAACUGCAUCACGGCGGCUCUGAGCGCCCUGUCCCUCUACAACAUGAGCACCGGGGACAAGUUCAGCAGGGGCAAGUCGGAGCGCUGCGGGCUCGUCUUCUCUGUGGGGAAGUUCUUCAGGUGGAUGGUGGAUAGCCGGGUGGCCCUCAGGAUCCACGAGCACGCGGCCAUAUACCUGACGGCGUGCAUGGAGAGUCUGUUCAGGGAGGUGUUCAGCCGCGUCCUGCGCAGCGCGCUGGUGGAGAGGGACAACGGGGUCCCCAAGUUUACGCUGGAGUCACUGGAGCAAGCCAUCAGCGGCGACUCGGAGAUCUGGGGGCUGCUGCAGCCCUACCAGCACCUCAUCUGCGGCAAGAACUCAAGCGGUGUGCUGAGCCUGCCGGAGAGCUUGAACCUGCACCGGGACCAGCAGCGCUCGGGGAGGGGCGGGGAGUGUCCGGGAUACACGCAGGCCGAGCUCCGCACGCUGGAGCAGUCGCUGCUUGCAACACGGGUGGGCAGCAUCGCAGAGCUGAGUGAUCUGGUGUCCCGUGCAAUGCACCACCUCCAGCCGCUGCACAUCAAGAACCCCAGCAACGGGACCCCAGUCCACCAGAAGACCACCACCACCACCACCACCACCACCACAGUCCACUGGGAGCCUGAAGCCCUCUACACCCUGUGUUACUUCAUGCACUGCCCUCAGAUGGAGUGGGAGAACCCCAACGUAGAGCCCUCCAAAGUUACCUUACAGACUGAAAGGCCGUUCCUGGUACUGCCCCCUCUGAUGGAGUGGAUCCGAGUGGCGGUCGCACACACCGAGCAUCGGCGAAGCUUCUCUGUGGACAGCGAUGACGUGAGGCAGGCGGCCAGGCUUCUGCUCCCCGGCGUGGACUGUGAACCCAGACAGAUAAAAGCGGAGGAUUGUUUCUGUGCCACCAGAAAAUUGGACGCAGCGUCCACAGAGGCCAAGUUCCUGCAGGAUCUGGGCUUCAGGAUGCUGAACUGUGGACGGACAGAUCUGGUGAAGCAGGCGGUGAACCUGCUGGGUCCUGACGGCAUCAACAGCAUGAGCGAACAGGGAAUGACCCCGCUCAUGUACGCCUGCGUCCGCGGCGAUGAGGCCAUGGUCCAGAUGCUGCUCGACGCUGGAGCCGACAUCAACAGCGAGGUGCCAAGCACAGUAAACAAGCACCCCUCAGUUUAUCCUGAAACGCGCCAGGGGACGCCUCUCACAUUCGCCGUGUUACACGGACACGUCCCUGUCGUGCAGUUGUUGCUGGAUAAUAGAGCGAAUGUGGAGGGCGCCCUGCAGGAUGGGGCGGAGAACUACACAGAGACCCCGCUUCAGCUGGCUGCUGCUGCAGGUAACUUUGAGUUGGUGAGUUUGCUUUUAGAGCGAGGGGCCGACCCCAUGAUCGGAACCAUGUGUCGGAACGGCAUCUCCUCGGCCCCGCUGGGAGACAUGAACUCCUACAGCCUGGCAGCAGCACAUGGCCACAGGAAUGUGUUUCGGAAGCUCCUGGCGCAGUCGGAGAAGGAAAAAGGAGACGUCCUGUCCCUGGAGGAGAUCCUGGCAGAGGGUUCGGACCCGAGCGAGAAGAGGCUGGCGCCGCAGGCCAACGGCGGAGGGACCCUGCGAACAGGAAAGGCCAAACUGAGGGCCCUGAGAGAGGCCAUGUACCAUAGCGCAGAGCACGGCCAUGUGGACAUCACCAUAGACAUCCGCAGCUUAGGCGUUCCCUGGACGCUGCACACCUGGCUCGAGUCCCUGCAUACCUGCUUCGUCCAGCACCGCCGGCCGCUCAUCCAGGGCCUGCUCAAAGACUUCAGCUGCAUCCAGGAGGAGGAGUACACGGAGGAGCUCAUCACGCACGGCCUGCCGCUCAUGUUCCAGAUCCUCCGAUCCAGCAAGAACGAGGUGAUCAGCCAGCAGCUGUCAGUCAUCUUCACGCAGUGCUACGGGCCCUUCCCAAUUCCUAAGCUGACAGAGAUCAAGAGGAAACAGACCUCACGCUUAGACCCUCACUUCCUGAACAACAAGGAUAUGUCUGACGUCACGUUCCUGGUGGAAGGGAAACCCUUUUAUGCACAUAAAGUUUUGCUGUUCACAGCUUCACAGAGGUUCAAGGCCCUGCUUCAGAACAGACCGGCAGCAGAGAACACCUGUAUCGAGAUCAGCCACGUCAAGUACAACAUUUUCCAUCUGGUCAUGCAGUAUCUUUACAUCGGAGGCUCUGAGUCUCUGCACAUACGCAACACUGAAGUGAUGGAGCUUCUGUCUGCAGCCAAAUUCUUCCAACUAGAGGCCCUUCAGAGACACUGUGAGAUCAUCUGCUCCAAGAACAUCACCACCGAGACCUGCGUGGAUCUCUACAAACAUGCCAGGUUCCUGGGUGCCUCAGAGCUCACGGCGUUCAUCCAGGGCUACUUCUUGAAGAACAUGGUGCUGCUGAUUGAACUCGACACCUUUAAGCAGCUGCUAUACGAACCUCCUCCCCCAGAGAGCCCAGCAUCCAGUCCCGGUAUCUGCUCCGACAUCCUCCUGGACCUGGAGAAAACGUUGGCCGAGCGGAUCCGCUCCAUCCACCUUUCCACCUCAAAGGGCUCCGUGGUGUGACGUUAUCUUCAUCCUCCCCCUCGAAGCCCUCCAAUCCAGGCACACAGCAUCCAUGUAACACCAUUUUUAAUGACCAGUAUCCCCAAAUAGCACUCUAUAUGAACACAGCAGCCAUCUUGGUCCUACGGCACGCUUAGGGUGGGAAGCUCAAACGCUCUUAUGAUGAGGUUGUACGUUUUAUAGAUUUAGAAUAUCUUACAAAUCAUUUUACAGCUUCUCGAUUUCUCAGAAAAGACAACAAGCAAUGAAAACAUCAUAUUUGAUAACCAAAAAGCUAAUAAGCUAACAGACAACAUUAGCAUUCGGGCAUUUAAGGGAUAUUUUAGCCCUUAGCUUAGCAGCGAGUUAACAUUUUGGUUGUUUUCUAUGCUAAAAUAUGAAAGGCCUAAAUUCCUGGCUAGCUUAAUGUUAGCUACAAAUUUACAUCUUAACAAUGUGAAUCCAUUACUAUCAAAAAUGUUAGGAACAGGAUUGUAUGCUAGCAUCAGCUGUUGGGAUGCUAUAUGUAUUUUUAACCUUUUAAAAUGACUCAAUGUCCCUUUAGAUGCUAAAAGAGUGACGCAACAAUCAACCAGUUUAGAGAAAUUAGCACAAUUAAUUAUUUGUAAGCUAAUGUUAACAGCUAACAUUAGCAUUCAGUGACUUUCUAGGUACUUUUUCAUAAUGAGUCACUCCAAAUGUGAAGUGGUAAUGUUAGCAAGCUAAUAGUAAUCUUUGCUAGGGAAUUGAUUGGGUGCUAACAUCAGCUGUUAAUGAAAUGUGUUGCUUUACUUUAAAUUUGAUGAUAAUAUUAGCUAGCUAACAUGCUGAUAAUUAAGUUAGCUGGCUAAUAUUAACUUUGCUGUAAUAUCAGCACGGGAACGGUUAUUGCUGAGUGGUCAGUACCUAAUGAGUCAUCAAAUAUGUUACUGCUAGCUAGCUAACAUCCCAACAUUAAUGUUAGCUAGCUAGUAGUUGUUUUUGCUUUGAUUUCAGCUAGGGGUUUAUUGAAUAUUAGCAUUGGUUGUUGCAACUUAGCUGUCAGGACAUCAUGAGUUACCCCACAUGUUGUUUUAUCUCCAGUUGGCUAGCUAGGAUACUGACAGCUAGCUAAUAGUAACAUAUGUAGUAGCAUCAGCUCAUGCAUUAUUGAAUUAGCUGCUGAAUCGGUUCCUUAUGAGUUAUUUUCACGGUUUGAACUUUCUGGAUUCUCCCCCACUCUUGCCUUUCUGGUUUAUGGAGAAGCUGUGAAAUGACAAUGAUUCUCUUCUACUCUUCUUUCUUACAAGUUAUCUCCUGGAAUAAACUAGUACAUCAUUGUAGCAGCAUUAGAUCUUCCCACUCUGAGUGUUACUUCAGAUGAAAGUGGUUGCUGUUUUUAUACGGUGAAUCGAGCCCUGUCCUCUCUCUUCGUCCUGAAGAAGGGCUGUUGGAUUUUUUAUGUCAGGGAUUCCUUAAAACUGCCCCUCUGAGAGUCAAUUCUGGCAUAGAAAGAACUUUCUGGCUUUGUCUCCUAAUGGCUCUUUUUUAUCACUUAACACUCCUUCAAUAAAAAACUGUAGAAAAAAACUAACAGAGCAUCACUUAGACUUAAUUGUGAUUAUUUCAUAUGCAUGAAAUACAUCCUGUACGCCUUUUUGGCUUAAAAAGGUAGAGUAGAAAUUGAACACAAUAAAAGCAGCUCUCUCAUCAUCUCUGAAAUGAGACUUUGGUUUACAUCAAACAUCUCUUUAUGGACAAAGUUCAACACAUGCCAAAAUAUAAUCCUCCAAUACAACCAAUAAAAGUGACUAGUAGCAACCCCCUGGAGACGGACGGACUUGAGGUGGACUCGUUGAACUUCUUUAGUACCACUCUGUCACUUGUCUGUUGGAUACGUUUCACUGUGUUAUAUCUAAACUGUGUGCAGAGGCCAAACUGAUCACAGGAACUUCCGCUGAGGCCGACUCUGCAACGCUGAGUCAACUAAAGUCGGCCCACUCAGUGAAAUCUAUGCUGACAGAUGCUUGAAAACACGGAUGUCCAACUGGGAAAUUAACUCCACAAAAAAACACUGUCGACUUUUUUUGCAUGACACCGACUCGACUGAGCUGCCCUGAUGUUGCUUUUUAUGCAGAGCUUACUUCACGGACCACUUUCGCAGAGUUGAAGUAAGGGGAAACCGCUGCUUAUUAAACUUUCUAUCCACUGCAAAACUGACUGAGCGGGAUUUGGAUUGGAUUCGGAUUGGCAGGGACUUUCUCUUACAAGGAAAAGCAAAGUGUAAAUACUUCCCUAGAGUCAUCGUGCUGGUCGUUCUCUUUUGUAAUCUGAUGUACAGUAUUCUCCCACACUCGCUUGGCUGAUGACACCAGUCUCAUUGAAUGUGCUCCCUGAACUGUUUGUUCCCGCUCUCUGUGUCUGUUUAUGCAAAAGUUGCAUGUUAAACCUGUUUGUUUGAAUCCUCUGUUUUCGCUGUAGGUGUGUGUUUUCUGUGUAGAUCUGUAGGGCUGAGGAAGGUGGUGAGUGUUCCCAGAUGAUCAGGGUAGGUUAAGAGAUGCAUUUCAACAGUUUUGAUUUACUUUUCACUUUUUGGUUAAGCAGAAUUCCUCAAUGACAAGUUAUAUGACACAACUAUAUAGAGGAUAAUGUAUGGUGAGCAGGUGGUUAAGCAUGUUAGAAUGCUGACACGGUGAACAGGACUCUGACGUGACGCCGGAGGGUCUCGUCUCAAACCUUGCUUAUUAUCCGGCUACCAACUAAAGACAAACAAACUCACUCAAAACAUUCAUUUAAGAUAUGUCUUUUUUAUUUUAAAUGGUUCAGUUGUACAAAAAAAUAUUCCCUCAGAUUCCACGCUUCCUUCAACUCUUAUCAUCUAGUAGCUAACAGCUAACGUUAGCAUUCUGGCACUUACGGGAUAUUAUGGCCUUAACCUUUGGUGGUGUUAUUUGCUAAAAUAUUAAAGCCCUAAAUUCCUGGCUAGCUUAAUAAUAGCUACAGAUUGACAUCUUAACAGUGUAAAUCCAUGGCUAAAAUGUUAGCAAGGACUUAACAGAAUUGUAUGCUAGCAUCAGCUGUUGUCUUAUUGUAUCCGGCUACCAACUAAAGACAUAAACAAACUCACACAAAACAUUUAUUUUAAAAAUAUCUAUUUUAUUUUAUAUUAUUUAGUUGUACACAAAAUAUUCCCUCAGAUUCCACGGUUGGUAACGCUUCUUUCAAUUCUUAUCAGCUAGUAGCUAACAGCUAACAUCAAACUAAACAUUUCAAUCCACGGCCAAGUUUCAAAAGGAUCCUUCCUUUUCGUCCUAGUUAACAUUAAAAUUAAUAUUUCUGUCUCAUUCAGCUCUUCCUCUUCUCAGAGCUAUGACGUCGACACACCUUUAAACAUAAAUGAGUCAAAUGUCUCAACUUAAUAUUGUUGCAAUAAUUAUUAAUACUUCUACUUUAAGUUACUUUGUUGCAAUUGGCAGCUAGGAGAUGCUUUCAUCUCUUACGGUAAUAUUGUAGCAAAGUUUAGGACUUUGCUACAAUGUAACCCGAUUUAAAAUGCUAACUGAGAGUCACGUUUUUGCCACAGUGUCAACAGGCAGAGUGGAAAUGUGCCGUGGAUUGAUUUGAUAUGAUGUGCGUGAUUAGCUUGUCCCUGAUUGGGAUGGAGUUUUGACCAAUGAGAAUCAAGUAUUUAGUACAGCUGGGUAAUUAAGUUUAUGAAAUAUCCUUUAAAUGAUCAAAUUCCUUUAACCCUCCUAUUAUGUUGCGGGUCAAAUUGACCCAUUUUAAAGUAGAAAAUAAAAUAAAAUAAAAUAAAAUGUUAAAACAACAUAUACAAUGAAAAUGGCUCAUUUCACACAUUUGCAUUGCACAUCUGUGAGACUUAAAGAACACCGUUGCACUAUAUAUUGAUGUAAAUGGUUAGUAAUGGAGUUAAUGAUGAGAUUUUAAAAAUGUUUAUUGGGAUUUUUUUGGGUUCGGACACUUUUCGAUCAUUACAUAUGUCCCGGGUCAAGUUGACCCAGGAACAUUAUUGCUGUCCCUGAGAAACGAACAUAACAGGAGGGUUAAAGAAAACUCUGAAAUAUGUCAAAAUAAACGAAAACCAGGGAGGUAGAAUGUUUCUAACAUCAAGAAAAUAAUACAUAAAUGUAUCAUAAAUGGGAAUACAGACUAAGAAAAGAUAGAGGCUCCUAAUAUUUUCAUCCCACUUCAUUUUUAACACUCAUUAAUUAUCAAACAUGAAGCAACAAAAGGUUUAAAGUAAAGCCAAAAACACCUUCACAGCUCAACUCAUUAAUAAUUGAUGAGAGAUAAACCUUUGGAUUGAGACAAACAUUAAUGUCCAAGUGUGAAUAAUGCAAAGAGAGUCAAAAUAAUCAGAUAACAGAACAACAGAGCACAUUUCAGAUAAAGCAUUAAAUGGAAAAUCCCAAAUAAGGCAAUAAAAACACAGGUGCAGGAGAGGCCGAUUAAAUAAUACCAGAUCUAAGUGAGUUUUCUCACAUCAGUUUUGUGCAAAUUGGCUCAGGUGUUGAUAUUUGGCUCAGGUGUAGUGAGAUUCGCUCCCCCUGCAGCUCUGUUGUUCCACAUCGGGAGUUUGGUGCCUGACCAAAUCUGAAAUAACAUGUUUUUUUAAUUAAGCCAGUUCAGAAAAACAUUUAAAAUUCAACCUUUUUGAGUGUCACAUUAUUCAAAUUGCCAAACCUGUCCACCUGGUGAGCGUGAGAUAACACUCACCAACGCUGAACCAGAUUACUCAGCAGGCCUGUUGUUAUUCUGACGCACAGCUGCCAAUAAGAAAAGGUAAAAACUGACAUUUAUAUUAAACAGUAUUAAAAACAGAUUACCUCUCUCACUGAGACACCGUACACCUCUAAAUUUAGGGUGACAUAAUAAAACCAACGGUGUGUUUACUGAAUGUAACAAGAGCUCCAGACUAACGUGGUCCUGACGUCCCAGGAGAUCAAAGAAGUGUUCAAUAAAUUUGUAUUUAUACAGCGCCAAAUCACAACAAGACUCUUUCCAAACAGAGCAGGUCUAGACCGUCCUCUAUGUUCUAUUAUUAACAAAGACCCAACAUCAAGACAGGAUCAGAUCCAGUCCCAUCUUACAGACAGGACUCAGUCUGAUCUCAUCUUAAUCCACCAUGAGCAGAGCACUUUGCAGCAUUUAGCAAGUUACAGUGGCAAGGACAAACUUCCUUUAACAGGCAGAAACCUCCAGCAGGACCAGACUCAUGUUAGACACACAUCUGCUGAGACCGUGUUGGAGAGAGGGAUAGAGGAAGAUGAAGAGAGAAAGAGAUGAUAGUGGGGAGACGGAUUGUUGUAGUUGUAGCAGCUGGAGUCUGGCACAGAGACCUACGAGACAAGGGAGCUCAGGGACUCCAGAAAGGUCUGUCGUUUAUGACAUUAAUGGGACAGGAUGAGUUAAAGUAAGUGAUGGGGGGGGAUAGGAGAGAGACAGGAUCCCAGUGUGUCAGCUCCCCCAGCAGUCUGAGCCUAUAGCAGCACAACUAAGAGCUGGUCCAAGCCUGAGCCAGCUUUAGCAAGUUACAGUGGCAAGGACAAACUUCCUUUAACAGGCAGAAACCUCCAGCAGGACCAGACUCAUGUUAGACACACAUCUGCUGAGACCGUGUUGGAGAGAGGGAUAGAGGUAGAUGAAGAGAGAGAUAGAUGAUAGUGUUGAGACAGAUAGUAGUAGUUGCAACUUCCUUUAAUAGGCAAAAACCUCCAGCAGGACCGGACUCAUGUUAGACACACAUGAGACCGAGUUGGAGAGAGGGAUAGAGGGAGAUGAAGAGAGAGAUGAUAAUGGGGAGACGGAUAGUAGUAGUUGCAGCUCCCUUUAAUAGGCAGAAACCUUGAGCAGGACCAGACUCAUGUUAGACACACGUCUGCUGAGACCAUGUUGGAGAGAGGGAUAGAGGGAGAUGAAGAGAGAGAGAAAGAGAUGAUGCUCAAGGGUAACUGUUGCUUUGACUUCUCCUGACUAGAUUUAAUCACAGCUCCUCUGUUCAUGCUUCCUCUGCGGUCACUAUCACUUGUUUACUGCUCAGCAUGAGACUGAUGGACAUCCUGAAUUGUUCCCACAGCACCUCUCAAUCUAUCCGCUCAGUCACAAACACCUUGCUGGCAGAGCUUUUUUUUUAAGAGGUUACUGCUGUGUCGUUCUCAGUCUGAGCUAAGGACACAUAAACUGAUGAAACUUGAUUUUUAUGGUGUAUUUUAUUAACAUUUUUGCUUUGUUAUAACUUGACAGAAAUGAAAAGUGAAAGUCAGGACAAUCCAGAUUAGUUUCUACCUUUAAAGCAAUAACUCACUUUGAUUUUGUUUCAAUGAAAGAGCUUAAAAUGUUGUUAAUUUAUCACAUCAGAUGUGUCGAUAUAAAAAAGGAGAGUGAUAGAUUGACACAUAAUUUUGGGAUGUUUGCAUCCACUUCGGGACGAUUCAAAUAUAUUUUCUGGGGCUUGAUAAAAGUUAGUCUGGAGCUCUGAACUCAACGAUGCAACAAAAGAAAUAUCUUCAAACGUGCAAUGUUUCCAACUUAGCAACAAACCAAAAAAGAGAUGCUUCCCUCUGUUUCCAACGGCUCACGAUGCAAAUGUCUCCUCAUACUUUGUGAUGUUUCUACAUGAACCGACUGUAUCUUCAGAGAAAAGACUUUAAAUAUUGUAGCACACUCAAACAUUUAUUUGGGCUUAAAAAAAUAUAUUAAAAGAAACAUAUACGGCAAACGAGAGAUGAGUUUUAACUUCUGUAAAUAUUACAGAAAAGAAAUAUAAAUAUUAUCUGACGACUUUAUUUUCUUACCGACACACAUAGCAGUAUAUAUUUUAUUUUACAUUCCACAGCUAUUUUGUUUUACAAAAGUAUAAAAGAUAUUAUAAAAAGAUGCUUUAAAGCUUUGAAGAUGAGCAAUAUUUCCAUACAGUGUGCCACAGGACAUGGAGCUACAGAGUAAAUGUGAAUUUAAAGACAGAUAACAUUUUAAUGAGUGACUGGAAAAGCCUACUGUUCUUUAUAUUUUAUGACGACCUUCAGUGUAUUUUCUUUUUGAUGUUUCUCACUCAUUUUAGGAGGAUAUAUCUAACUACAGUUCGUAGAUUUGACCCUGAAAGUUUUAUUUAUUAUCUAACAUACUGCCUUUAUAUUGAAUCAUCAUCCAUGCCCACAGGUGAAUUGCUAUUUAAAGGUGAAAUGUAACUUCACAAUGCAAUCCGUUUUGUCUCCGCGGAGGUCAAAAGGUUCAUAAUGAUGUCAAGCACUUCUGGUGCCAGUGUUACUGUAGCCUCUCUAAAGUAUGUCAGCGGUGAGUCGAGGUUGGAGUCUUAUUGUGUUCCUAACAGCAGCUGAAUACGGUGUUAGAAUAUAAAUAAGCCAAAAGACUUUAAUCUGUUUUUUUAUUAGUCUUAAUGUGAUGCCGUUAGCAGGAGACUAACGUUAGCUCGGCCCUGUGCUGGAGCUUUGAUUCAGAACUGGGUCAAAGCCGUAGAGUAAGUGUCGGUUCGCAUGGCUCUUCUUGUUUAAUGUUGUUGAGAAUGUGCUUUGUACACCAGCUUCGUCUCCACAGGACUCUCCCAUUAGUUUGUCUGAGCAUUUAUUUGCCUGCGUAUUUGUUCCUGGUAAUAAACAACAUUUCUCCUAGACGCAGUGGAAACAUGCAUGGGAUACUCACUCAGAUCCACAGUUUGGGGAAGGGGGAAGGGGGGGGGGGGACUUUUGCUAUUAUUUUUUUCCUUUGAUGAGAACAUGUAUAUUGUACAAAAUAUAUAUAUAUAUGAAAUAUAAAUUAUACAUGGUGUGAGAAGCAGGGAUGUGGUAGAGUAUGACUGACAGUUUUACUCCUGCUGCAGUUUCUGUGGUUCCAUAACAUGCUUUUGUGGACAGCUAAUAAAUGACCAGAGUUUAAACCA